AUGGCGGCGGCGCCAGCGGCGGCUGGGUCUGGGGCCGGCCGAGGGCGACGGGCGGCGGCAACGGCGGCGGCCUGGGGUGGCUGGGGCGGCCGGCCGCGGCCCGCAAACAUUUUGCUACAGCUACGGCAGAGCCAGCUAACCGGCCGGGGCCUGGUCCGGGCCGUGCAGUUCACUGAAACUUUUUUGGCGGAGAGAGACAAACAAUCCAAAUGGAGUGGAAUUCCCCAGCUGCUCCUUAAGUUGUAUGCAACCAGCCACCUCCACAGUGACUUCGUUGAGUGCCAAAACAUCCUCAAGGACAUAUCUCCUCUGCUCUCCAUGGAGGCCAUGGCAUUUGUCACUGAAGAGAGAAAACUUACUCAAGAAACCACUUAUCCAAACACGUAUAUUUUUGACUUGUUUGGAGGUGUUGAUCUCCUUGUAGAAAUUCUUAUGAGGCCCACAGUCUCUAUUCGGGGACAGAAACUGAAGAUAAGUGAUGAAAUGUCCAAGGACUGCUUGAGCAUCCUGUAUAACACCUGUGUCUGUACGGAAGGAGUCACAAAGCGCCUGGCAGAAAAGAAUGAUUUUGUGAUCUUCCUGUUUACACUUAUGACAAGUAAGAAAACAUUCUUACAAACCGCAACCCUCAUUGAAGAUAUUUUGGGCGUUAAAAAGGAAAUGAUCCGACUAGAUGAAGUCCCCAAUCUGAGUUCCUUAGUAUCCAAUUUCGAUCAGCAGCAGCUUGCGAAUUUCUGCCGGAUUCUGGCUGUCACUAUUUCGGAGAUGGACACAGGGAAUGAUGACAAGCACACUCUUCUUGCCAAAAAUGCUCAGCAGAAGAAGAGCUUGAGCUUGGGGCCUUCAGCUGCUGAAAUCAACCAAGCGGCCCUUCUCAGUAUCCCCGGCUUUGUUGAGCGCCUUUGCAAACUGGCAACCCGCAAGGUGUCAGAGUCGACGGGCACAACUACCUUCCUUCAGGAGUUGGAGGAGUGGUACACGUGGCUGGACAAUGCUUUGGUGCUGGAUGCCUUGAUGCGAGUGGCCAACGAGGAAUCUGAGCAUAACCAAGGGGCUUCUGAGGAGAAUGGCCUGCCUCACACUUCCACUAGGACCCAGCUGCCCCACUCAAUGAAGAUUAUGCAUGAAAUAAUGUACAAAUUGGAAGUGCUCUAUGUCCUCUGCGUACUGUUGAUGGGCCGUCAGCGCAACCAGGUCCACAGGAUGAUUGCAGAAUUCAAGCUGAUACCAGGGCUUAAUAACUUGUUUGACAAGCUGAUUUGGAGGAAGCAUUCAGCAUCUGCCCUUGUCCUCCACGGUCACAACCAGAACUGUGAUUGUAGCCCGGACAUCACCCUGAAGAUACAGUUUUUGAGGCUUCUCCAGAGUUUCAGUGACCACCAUGAGAACAAGUACCUGCUGCUCAACAACCAGGAGCUGAACGAGCUCAGUGCCAUCUCGCUCAAGGCCAACAUUCCGGAGGUGGAAGCCGUCCUCAACACUGACAGGAGUCUGGUGUGUGAUGGAAAGAGAGGCUUGUUGACACGCCUGCUGCAGGUCAUGAAGAAGGAGCCGGCCGAGUCAUCCUUUAGGUUUUGGCAAGCUCGGGCUGUGGAGAGCUUCCUCCGAGGGACCACCUCCUAUGCAGACCAGAUGUUCCUGCUGAAGCGAGGCCUUUUGGAGCACAUCCUGUACUGCAUUGUGGACAGCGAAUGUAAGUCCAGGGAUGUGCUCCAAAGCUACUUUGACCUGCUGGGGGAGCUGAUGAAGUUCAAUGUUGACGCCUUCAAGAGGUUCAAUAAAUACAUCAACACUGAUGCAAAGUUCCAGGUGUUCCUGAAGCAGAUCAACAGCUCGCUGGUGGACUCGAACAUGCUGGUGCGCUGUGUCACCCUGUCCCUGGACCGAUUUGAAAACCAGGUGGACAUGAAAGUGGCUGAGGUCCUGUCCGAGUGCCGCCUGCUUGCCUACAUAGCCCAGGUGCCCACACAGAUGUCCUUCCUCUUCCGCCUCAUCAACAUCAUCCACGUGCAGACGCUGACCCAGGAAAAUGUCAGCUGCCUCAACACCAGUCUGGUGAUUCUGAUGCUGGCCCGGCGGAAAGAGCGGUUGCCCCUGUACCUGCGGCUGCUGCAGCGGAUGGAGCACAGCAAGAAGUACCCAGGCUUCCUGCUCAACAACUUCCACAACCUGCUGCGCUUUUGGCAGCAGCAUUACCUGCACAAGGACAAGGACAGCACCUGCCUGGAGAAUAGCUCCUGCAUCAGCUUCUCAUACUGGAAGGAGACGGUGUCCAUCCUGCUGAACCCAGACCGCCAGUCGCCCUCCGCCCUCGUCAGCUACAUCGAGGAGCCCUACAUGGACAUAGACAGGGACUUCACUGACGAGUGACCUUGGCAGGCUGCUGGGCUGGGCUGGGCCAGUUCGGUGAGCGUGGGUACUUGUGCCACACGCCCUGCUCCCGUCCUUCCCCCACCUCCCUGCUGCUCUCUGCCUGCCCCAGGUCUUCAGUGCAGGCUUGGUGGGGGGCACGUCUUAGAAGUCCUUGGGCCUAAGGGCCCCAGGUCACUGGGGAGCCUCAGUUCCCUCCAGCCCUGUGAUGAGGACAGGGCACUGUGCCCCCUUUCCCUUCAGGAUCUAGCGGUAAAGGGGCGUUUCAAACAGCUGUCUGAGCUCAACUGUCAGUCCCAGGAUGGGGAGGGGAGACCGGGGCACCCUCCUCUCAAUCUGUGAGCCAGGCUUCUGAGCCCUGGGCAGGGGUGGGGGAGAAGAGAAUGCCCCCCAGCCUGCCCACCUGCCCCACCUGUUCUCUGGUUCUGUUUGCUCAUUGGCCACUGUGUUCAUCCUGUGGGGUUCCCUCUAGAAGUGAAGGGUCCUCCUCUCCCUGUGGGGCCCCGGGGUGGCUGUGCCCAACCCCAGAGCAGGGUGUCCUGACCAAGCUCCCACACAGGCGCCUGGCUGGAGCCCACCCUUGGCCCCUCCUUGUGUUGCCAAUUUAUUAACAGCAAAUAAACCAAUUCAAUGGAGACUAUUAAAAGAACUUUAUUUUAA